AUGGGGGAAACCAAGAUCAAGGUACUAUUCAAAUAUGAGAGGCUGAUCAACUUCUGCGUUUAUUGUGGACAUCUAGGACAUGUGGAUAAAACCUGUGACCAAAGAGCAGCAGAUAUUACAACAGGGAAGCUAAAGGAAAGUCUUUAUGGAGAAUGGCUGAGAGCAGCAGACAUAUACCAUCCCUCCCCAUCAAGCCUAUCUACAGCUUCUUACCCAAACAAUAACAUUGAAACCAAUCAACCAUCUCCCAACCCAAGUAACCAGAGUAACAGUCAACCCAUGGAAUCCAAUAAUAUCCCUAAAUCCCCAAAUAUCCCAAAUUCAAAACACAACCAAAACCUAACAAAUAAUCAGAACCUAGCCCAACACCCUAUUCCCAUUGAAAAGCUGAUUACAACGGCUGAGAAAGAUGUCCACCUACAAGAUGCUGAACCCAUAACCCAAACCAGAGACAUGGACACAGACAACCAGUCUCCACCCCUUGUUCAACAACAGUUAGUGUCAGUUUGUCAAGAAACACCUUCUCUUAUUCAGAGUUCUCAAGAUAUAACAGGGAUGAGGAAAAACUGGAAAAGGAAAAUGCAAUCAAAUACAAAGACAAAAGCAGAAACAAAUUUAAAGCAAUCAACAGGGAAAAGAACCAUAUCAGAACUCUGGGACUUUGAGAACAGGACUAAGAUACCAAGUCAGGAAUGGAAGAAAUGUCCACAUCUGGAACCACCCAUGGGUCCCAGGUAUACCAGACUUGAAGCCAACAGGGAAACAGCCAAGGAACUCUGA